AUGAAUGAAGAAAAUACAGAUGGAACAAAUGGAUGUAGUAAAGUUCGAACUGGUACUCAGAAUGAAGCAGCAUUACUUGCCUUGAUGGAAAAGAUUGGUUACAACAUGGUUCAAGAAAAUGGGCAAAGGAAAUUUGGUGGUCCUCCUCCAGGUUGGGAAGGUCCACCUCCGCCUAGGGGCUGUGAAGUUUUUGUGGGAAAAGUACCUCGUGAUAUGUAUGAAGAUGAGUUAGUUCCCGUAUUUGAAAGAGCUGGAAAGAUACAUGAAUUUCGACUUAUGAUGGAAUUUAGUGGUGAAAAUCGAGGUUAUGCUUUUGUGAUGUACACUACAAAAGAAGAAGCCCAGUUAGCCAUUAGAAUUCUUAAUAAUUAUGAAAUUAGACCAGGGAAGUUUAUUGGUGUAUGUGUAAGUUUGGAUAAUUGCAGAUUAUUUAUCGGAGCUAUUCCCGAGGAAAAGAAGAAAGAAGAAAUUUUGGAUGAAAUGAAGAAAGUUACAGAAGGAGUUGUAGAUGUCAUUGUAUAUCCAAGUGCAACUGAUAAGACCAAAAAUCGUGGUUUUGCAUUUUUUGAAUAUGAAUCUCACAGAGCUGCUGCUAUGGCUAGGAGAAAACUAAUUCCAGGAACAUUCCAACUGUGGGGCCACACCAUUCAGGUGGACUGGGCUGAUCCAGCGAAAGAGGUUGAUGAGGAAACCAUGCAGAGAGUUAAAGUUCUCUAUGUAAGAAAUUUAAUGAUCUCAACUACAGAGGAAACAAUUAAAGCAGAAUUCAAUAAAUUCAAGCCUGGUGCUGUUGAGCGAGUAAAGAAACUUAGAGAUUAUGCUUUUGUUCACUUUUUCAACCGAGAAGAUGCAGUGGCUGCUAUGUCUGUUGUGAAUGGCAAAUGCAUUGAUGGAGCAAGCAUUGAGGUAACACUGGCAAAACCAGUAAAUAAGGAAAACACUUGGAGACAACAUCUUAAUGGUCAGAUUAGCCCCAAUUCUGAAAACUUGAUUGUGUUUGCUAACAAAGAAGAAAGCCACCCUAUAACUCUAGGCAAGCCACCGACUCUUCCUGCUCGUCUUAAUGGUCAGCAUAGCCCAAGCCCACCUGAAACUGAAAGAUGCACUUACCCUUUUUUUUUUUCUGGAACAAAGCUUACUCCAAUUAGUAUGUAUUCUUUAAAAUCCAAUCAUUUUAAUUCUGCAGUAAUGCAUUUGGAUUAUUACUGCAACAAAAAUAAUUGGGCACCACCAGAAUAUUAUUUGUAUUCAACAACAAGUCAGGAUGGAAAAGUACUCUUGGUGUAUAAAAUAGUUAUUCCUGCUAUUGCAAAUGGAUCCCAGAGUUACUUCAUGCCAGACAAACUGUGUACUACAUUAGAAGAUGCAAAGGAACUCGCAACCCAGUUUACACUGCUUCAUUUGGACUACAAUUUCCGUCGCAGCUCAAUAAAUAGUCUUUCCCCUGUUAGUGCUACCCUCUCUUCUGGGACUCCCAGCGUGCUUCCUUAUACUUCAAGGCCUUAUUCUUAUCCAAACUAUCCCUUGUCACCAACAGUAUCACUUGCUAAUGGCAGCCAUGUUGGACAGCGACUAUUUAUCUCCAAUCAGGCCUCAUUCUUCUGA